AUUUGGAGAAAUGCAGCAUAGCAUCACUUGCUCACCAAUAGUUGCUUUGCUGUGAAUGGGUGCCGUCAGAAUGAGAGUACAUACAGCUGAUAAAUACAUCACAAUGAUCCACAAGUAAUCCACACUACUCCAGUCCAUCAGUUUAUGACUUGAGAAGAAAAAAGCUGCAUGUUUGUAAGAAACAAAUCCAUCAUUAAGGAGUUUUACAUUUAAACUGUCACCUCUGGCCAAAAUAUGAGUCCAUAAUCCAUAAUAAUGCUUCCUCCAGUGACAACAAAAAAUCCCAAAAAAAACAGUCUCCUGUUGUUCAUAAUCCACCAACAUAUUUUUUUGGACUGUAAUCAGUACUUGAUCUGUGCAUAUUUCUCUCCUGAUUCAGAGAAGAUGACUUUUCACUGGAGAAAGCAAGAUUAUGCAAAGAUGACUCAUAUUUUACCUAAAAAGCAAUGUUUCGAAGUUUUAAACUUCUUAAUGAUGAAUUUGUUUCUCACAGACACACAGCUUGAGUGGUGUUUUGAUGUUUAUUGUGAGGUUUUAUCAGUUGUUUGGACUCUCAUUCUGACGGCACCCAUUCACUGCAUCCAUUGGUGAGCGAAUGAUGCGAUGCUACAUUUCUCCAAAUCUGUUCUGUUGACAAAAGUAACUCAUCUACAUUUUGGAUGUCCUGAGUUAAUGUUUAGCAAAUUUGCACUAUUCCUUUAAGAGAGUAAAUGAUGUCAAUUUUGGUUUGUUGUUAAACAGCAUCAUCAUCUCUCACUGGAAACAGCUUUCUUCUUUGAAGAAAUUUAGUGAUAUAAUCUAAAAUGCUUAUCGUUGUUUUAGUCACAGUGUUUUUGAAGGGGGUGUUGGCAUGAAACACUCAUGCAUAUUUAAAGCAUGACAUGUAAAUUCUUGUCUGUCUGUGCAUGUGUGGACCAGAUCCCCAUCAUGAUUGGGACGAUUAGUGAGUGGUUUUGGCGGGACCGGCUGUGGCUGCCGGGAAACCUCACGUGGGCCGAUCUUAAAGACGGAGAAGGGUUCGUCUACGCCAGAGCAUCCCACCUCUACGCCACCGUGCCUUUUGCCUUAGUCUUCCUUGUAGUCAGAUACCUGUUUGAAAGGUUGAUAGCGACCCCGCUUGCAGCUUUCCUUGGCAUUACAGAGAAACCCAGAUACAAAGUGGAGCACAACGCUGUUCUUGAACAUUAUUUCAGUACAAAGUCAAAACAUCCCAGACAGGCAGAUAUUGAUGGCCUGUGCAAAAAAUGCAGCUGGCCAAGUAGAAAAGUGGAGCGCUGGUUCAGAAGGAGACGAAACCAGGACCGUCCUGGGGUCCUGAAAAAAUUCAGAGAGGUCAGCUGGCGGUUGGUGUUUUAUCUGGCGGCGUUCGUUGGUGGAAUCAUAGCCCUGUAUGAUAAACCCUGGUUUUAUAAUUUGCGGGAGAUGUGGAACGGCUAUCCCAGACAGUCCAUGCUGGAUUCUCAAUACUGGUAUUAUAUUGUGGAGAUGAGCUUCUAUUUGUCACUAGUGCUCAGAAUAACCUUCGACGUCAAACGAAAGGACUUUAAAGAGCAGAUCAUCCAUCACUGGGCCACACUGACGCUCUUGGCUUUCUCUUGGUGUGGGAACUACAUCCGGGUCGGGACCCUGGUCAUGCUCAUUCACGAUUCCUCCGAUAUUCUUUUGGAGUCUGCCAAGAUCUUCAACUAUGCCAAAUGGGAAAAAACGUGCAACGGCAUCUUCGUGGUAUUUGCUGCUGUCUUCAUAGUCACGCGACUCAUAAUCUUUCCUUUCUGGAUCAUUCACUGCACGUGGGUUUAUCCACCAGACCAUUACCCACCAUUCCUUGGAUAUUACUUUUUUAACUUCAUGCUCGUCAUCUUGUUGAUGCUGCACACAUUCUGGGCGUUUCUGAUUCUGCGUAUGGUGAAGAUGUUCCUUUUCGGAAGUUUAACCAAAGACGAGAGGAGUGACAAUGAAGAAGACGAGGAAGAAGAUGGGGAAACCAGCGUGACUGAGAACAAUGACAGACAUGUGAAAGUGACCAAUGGCUGUGGAGCAGGAGGCGGGGCUAAUCACCACUGACACCUCUUCUCUUAAACUGUGAAGGACUUUGAAUUGCCCUCAGGGAUGCGAGGAGCCAGAAACAUACAUUUGAUUGAUUGUCCUGCAGAGAAUAUGUCAGAAACUUUUCAAAACAAAUUGCAUCUUUGAAUAACACUGAAAA